AUGUUUAUCUCAAUAUAUUUCAAAUGUUAUUCUCUUUAUACAUUUUAUCAUCGAAAUAACGAUCAAACAUUCCAUUGUUUAUAUGCUCAUAUAGAAUAUUCUCAUCAAGUCGAUAGCGGAACUUAUUUAACACUUUCACACCUCAUUCCUUUUUGUCAACAAUUCAAUGAAAACGACAAACCAAAUGAAAAUGUGGAAAAUGACAUAAGUUUUGAAGAUUUAUCGAGAAAUGGAAUAUCAAGUUCGCAAUUAUUGAAAUGGUUUGUUCCAAUUGAUAUUGCAGAAGAAUAUGAGAUCAAUAGUAAACAUUCGAAUGAAUUCUUUUAUAAUUGUUCAUUUCCUUGGUUUGGUUCAACAUGUCAGUUUCAAUUAAUUAAAGAUCAACAGGUCACAUUUGGUGAACUUGUUCGCUUUAUUUUUCUCGAACGUGAUUCUCCAUCAUCUGAUCUUGAUUUUCCUAUCGAUACAUGUUAUCUCUUCUUGAAGAAUUGUAUUCGUGGACCAUCACCAGUGUGUCUCGACUGGCGUGAAAUUUGUAAUGGUGUUGAUGAUUGUAUUGAUGGAGAAGAUGAAGAAUUUUGUGAUUUAUUAGAAGAAAAUCGAUGUUCAAAUGAAGAAUUUCAAUGUUUGAGAAGUAAAGAAUGUAUUUCACGAAAAUUUUUCAAUGACCACACAGAAAGUCUUGAUUGUCUUGAUACGAGUGAUGAAAAAGAAAAAUUCGAAACAGAAUUUGGAGAAGAUUGUAUCAAAUUUCCAACAUUUGAGUGCGAAGAAAUAGGUCGUGGUGUUCGGGAUUAUUUUUCAUGUGGUAAUGGGCAAAUAAAAUUAAAUCUAAUGCCUCGUUUUCACGCUUUUUGUGUAAAUCUACGAGAUCAACGUAUGACAAAAACUCUUUUUACUUCAUUUCAUUACAUUUCCAAUAUUCCAUGUCGAAAACGUCUCAUGUGUUACAUUCGUCCUGAUCGAAUUCAUUUUCUUUCACAUUUACUAGAUGAAAUUCAUUGUGAACUUCCUCUUGAACAUUGUCCAUUGGAAUGGGUCGUCUUUCCCGAAUAUCCUAUACUUUACUCAACGUUUCAAUUUGUUUAUUUUACAAAUCGAUCGAUAUCUUUAUCAACAUAUGACAUUACACCAGAUUUGAUUUGUUUUAACGCAAUUCGAUGUCCAGAGUAUGUCUUUUGUUCGAUAGAUAUCGAAAUACAACAUGAUCUCCAUUGUUGUCGUGCUUUUGAUAUAUUAUAUCAUUCAAUUGAUACCUGGGAUGCAUUCCAGCUUAUGUUUGAACUUAUUUUUCAAAAUUGCUUCAAAACUGUUCAAAAUGAUACAUCAUUAUCGAUUGAUGAAAACGCAAAUUCUUCUGUAAAUCUCUGGCUGAAUUCACAUAAAACAUUUUCAUUUGCAUAUUUUUGCGAUGGUCAAUGGCACAUACGAGAUAAUGACGAAUCGAUGGAAACUGAUGAAACUAAUUGUGAUUUAUGGCCAUGUAAUAAUCCAUAUACUCGAUGCAAUCAAUAUUUACAUUGUUGGAAUGCAAUUGAUGAAGUCAAUUGUCCUAAAGAUCGAUGUGAAUCUGAUGAAAUUUAUUGUAAGGAUGAGACUUUUCAGAUUCGUUAUUGUUUACCUAGAUCAUUUCUAGCAGAUGAUCAUACAAAAUUUACUUCCGAUCGAUAUUCACGAGUUGUACAUUUAAUCAAUGAAACAAUUGGUGAUGUGAAAAAUUAUUUCUUUUGGAAUCAAAUCAAAUGUCUCACUGUGGAAUAUUCGAAUCAGAAUGAUUUGACACGAUUAGUUGCAAAUAACAACGAUACUUGUUUAAUGCCAAAACAUCCGAAAUUUGUUUUUCCUAAAACCAUGAUUGUUAUGAGAAACAAAACAGAACUUUGUAGAGCUGGUUCAACUGUUACGAGUAAUUAUAUUGAAGAUCGACCAUAUCUUCAAUCAACACAUUUGGGUUAUUUUCCAUCGAUUGUUCAUCCGAUUUCUCAUCAAUCAACAAUAGUUCAAUCAGAUGAAGCAUCUCCUAUUGAUCUUGAUACAGAUGAAGUUGUUAGUUGGCAUUGUAAUCGAGGAUUUGCCAUUUUUUAUCAAAAUAAUCAAACGAUCGAAUGUCUUUGUCCACCAAGUUAUUUUGGUUCACGAUGUCAAUGGCAAAAUCAACGUAUUAGUUUAUCAUUUCAAUUGAAAUAUUUCACUUUCAUAUAUGAAAUGCCUAUUUUCCAAGUCAUUCUUAUGCUUAUUGAUGAUCAAAGACAAAUUUCCCCGUAUAAUGAACAAAUAAUUCAUGUUCCGAAACGUGAUUGUGGAAUUAAAUAUCAUUUUUAUUUACUUUAUCCAUCAAGACCAAAGAAUUCUUCGCUGAAUUAUUCAGUUCAGAUUGAUAUUUUCAAUCGAAUUACAUUGACACAUUGGGCAAGUUGGCUUUUUCCUAUUACAUUUGCAUUUUUGCCUGUCAAUCGUAUUUCCGUUGAAUUACUCAUUCCCUUAAAUCCUCAGCAAACCGAAUUGUCNCCGAAACGUGAUUGUGGAAUUAAAUAUCAUUUUUAUUUACUUUAUCCAUCAAGACCAAAGAAUUCUUCGCUGAAUUAUUCAGUUCAGAUUGAUAUUUUCAAUCGAAUUACAUUGACACAUUGGGCAAGUUGGCUUUUUUCUAUAACAUUUGCAUUUCUGCCUGUCAAUCGAAUUUCCGUUCAAUUACUCAUUCCCUUAAAUCCUCAACAAACUGAAUUGUCAUGUUCAUUAUCAUGUGGAAAUCAUGGAAGAUGCCUCAGAUAUGUCAACAGAAAUUCCUCAUACUUUUGUCAAUGUGAUUCAGGUUAUUCGGGACUGAAUUGUCAAAUUAAACACAAUUGCUCUUGUUCGUCCGAUUCCUUUUGUCUUAGUUCAUUCAUUUGUAUUUGUCCAUUGUAUCAAUUUGGUUCAAAAUGCUAUUUGACACAUCGGACAUGUCAAUUUUCGAUGAAUCCUUGCGAAAAUGAGGGUCAAUGUGUCCCAAAUGACGAUCGUGUUGCUUUGGAUACGUUUACUUGUGUCUGUAAAGAAGAAUUUUUCGGUGAACGAUGUGAAAAUCGUCAAACUCGAAUUGAUAUUCAAUUUACUGACGAAAUCAAUUUACCGAUUUUAGUUCAUUUAAUCACAACUUACGAAAGCUCAACUCAUUUACAAACUACAAUUUUAAAACAAAUCAAAUAUGGACAAAAUCAAGUGACAAUUCUCACAUCAAAUACAUUUCAUCUUGGAUUUGUAGAAUUUCUUCCAGGAGAUUAUUAUUUAAUCAUUAAACGUGAACAUUUUAUCAAAUCUGAACAUAUUCAAACAAAAUUAUUACCCAACUAUCGAUGUGUGUUUAUCAAUGAAUUGUUAAAUGAAACAUUGAAAUCUUUUCAUUAUCUUCAUCGUGUCAAAUUCUAUCCAGUUUUAUGUCGAGAAAAUCAACAAUUAAUGUGUUUUUAUGAUGAAAUUUAUACGUGUAUUUGUGAUGAAAAUCGCUUUUCAAAUUGUUUUUUAUUUGAUCGAAAUACGACUUAUAAUUGUGAUCAAAGAGAAAAUCCUUGUGAAAAUAAUGAAAAAUGUUUUUUAGCAAAUCAAACGUGUUCAAGUUCAAUAAAAUGUUUAUGUUCAGGUUGUUUUUACGGAACAAAAUGUCAGUUCACAACUGAAGGUUUUGUUUUAUCUCUCGAUUAUAUUCUCAGUUAUCAUAUUAAACCAAAUCUUUCAUUUUCUCGUCAACCAUUUAUUGUCAAAGUGAGUGUCGGAAUCGGUACAAUGAUGUUUCUCAUUGGAUUUAUCGGUGGUUUCUUAUCAGUUGUAACAUUUCGUGUGAAGAAAAUUCAAAUAAAUGGUUGUGGAUUUUAUUUAUUUGUAUCCGGAUGGAUUUCACUUGUAAUUGUAUGUGUAUUAAUGAUCAAAUUCGUGCAAUUGAUAUUAUUACAAACGAAAGUUUACAAUAAUUUAUCGAUUUUUCGUUUGAAUUGUAUUGUAUUGGAUGUGUUCAUUAAAAUUCUAUUAGCGAUUAACGAUUGGUUGGAUGCGUGUGUUUCAAUUGAACGUAUUAUCACGGUUAAACAAGGUUUGACAUUUAAUAAAAUCCAAAGCAAACAAAUGGCAAAAUGGAUCACUUUUAUUGUUUGUCUCCUUUCGAUUCUUAGUCAUCUUCAUGAUCCUCUUCAUCGUCAAUUGAUCAAAGAUAUGGAUAUUGAUGAAGAACGAAUAUGGUGUAUCGUUCAAUAUUCAUCAUCAUUCAAUACUUAUAAUUCAUUUGUAACUCUAUUUCAUUUUUUCGUUCCAUUUACAAUUAAUUUUUUCUCAACAGUAAUCAUUAUAAUUACAAUAGCUCGAAAUCGUUCAACUGUUCAACAAAGAUUAACAUAUGUGGAACAUUUAAAAUUACAAUUCAAUGAGCAUAAACAUCACUUUAUUGCAUCAUUUACUUUNUGGUGUAUUGUUCAAUAUUCAUCGUCAUUCAAUACUUAUAAUUCAUUUGUAACUCUAUUUCAUUUUUUCGUUCCAUUUACAAUUAAUUUUUUCUCAACAGUAAUCAUUAUAAUUACAAUAGCUCGAAAUCGUUCAACUGUUCAACAAAGAUUAACAUAUGUGGAACAUUUAAAAUUACAAUUCAAUGAGCAUAAACAUCACUUUAUUGCAUCAUUUACUUUCGUAUUAUUGGGAUUACCUCGUCUUAUCAUCUCAUUUAUAAGUGGAUGUAUGAAAUCACCAAAGAAUUCAUGGUUAUUUCUAACUGGAUAUUUUCUUUCAUUUUUACCAUCGAUGAUGACUUUUGUCGUUUAUGUUUUACCAUCAAAAACUUACAAAGAUGAAUUUGAUAAUCUUCUUCGAAAACAAUUUCGACGCUUUCGUAAUUAA